GUGCUAGUGGCUGGAAGAGGUAGAAUAAACAUGGCGGCAAACCGUAAGCACUACUCCUCCAAAGAGGACAUCCCCAAAGAAGGUGACGAAGGUGGUGGCAGCGAUGAGGGUGGUGGAGGUAGCGGUCCACCAACCGAUCCCAACAGACACGGCAAGGAUGAGGUGGACUUUGUGCUGACAUCUUCGAAAGCGAACGGAACGUCCGUAAGUGGUGGGAAGAAGGGACAGGAAGAAUCAACCGCCAAGACUGGCGUAACGCUUGACAAGUUCAACAUAUUCCACCUACGCCGAAGACCAAAAAGUGACCCCGGCACGGGACCGAUCGCAAAGCACGCCGCCGGCCAACAGAUGGCGGCCUCACAGCAAACGACAAACGCUGCCGGACCGGACGAAACACUGAAGAAGAAAAAGUCACGCUUCGUGAAGAGUGCUUCGAUAGCGCGCAUCUUCGGCAAUACCUACAAUACCAAAAAGUAUGACGAUAGCAGCGCACUGCUCAAGCUGCAGCAGUUUAAGCGCAGCUUCCUGAACAGUGAAAAGUUCCACAAGAAGGAUAGUGGGGCCGGUGCGGCGGAGGAAGCGGAGGACGGUGAGCUGCAGAUCGGCGACUCGUGCUACGUGAAUGAUAGUGAGAACAGUGCAAAGGCAAUCAAGUCGAUCACGCGCGGGCUGGGACGGUUGCUGCGGCGAAACUGUCACAGUAUCGACAUUAGCCGGCCAGAUCCGGAGUACAAGGUGUCUUACCUCGGCAACGUUCUUACUGGAUGGGCGAAAGGUGAUGGAUGUGUGGAGAAACCGCUCGCUACACUGUGGCGCAACUACACGCAAAACAGUAAACCGGACGUGAUGAUGAAGCUGUGCCUGUGCCCAUCCGGUCUGAAGGCAACCACCCGACAGCACGGCCUUACCGAGUACUGGUCGCACCGGAUCACCUACUGCAGCUCGCCAAAGAACUAUCCGCGGGUGUUCUGCUGGAUUUACCGGCAUGAAGGCCGCAAGCUGAAGCACGAGUUCCGCUGUCACGCGGUCAUCUGUUCCAAAGAAACGAUCGCCCAGGAGAUCAGCACCAUCCUGAAGGAAAACCUAGCCAAAGCCUUGCGCGAGUUUAAACGCGACAAACUAAACCGCCAGAAUGCGCGCCUUAGCCUGGCGAACAGUGUGUACGAUAAUCCGAGCAUGCCGCGGCGGAAAAUCAUGCUGAGCGUCGGUGCGAACAACUAUCGGCCACCGCUCGAACGCUCCAAAUCGGCACCGAAGCUGAUGGCAAUUGAGGAGAUGAUUGGUGAAGAGGACGAGGAAGAAAACGGCCCACAGGAAGGAGAGGGCGCGCGGGUUUCCAAAGCUGGAUCUAGCAGCAGUAGUACGGCGCUAGAAGCGUGCUGCCGAGAGGAUGCUCUAUUCCCGUCAACCACGCUCGGACGUCGGCGUUGUCGGCGAGGACAUUCGAUACGCCGGUCACGGUUGCGAAACUCCUUCAAAUCACCGAAAGACGUGGAGGCGCGUGUCCCGCUCAAAAAUGAGAACAUCGUGCACAUUAGCCCGAUGAACAAGUCGGUCGACUCGAUUCUGGACACGAUAAGUCAGGAGGAUGGCGAAGAGGAUGAGGAUGAUUUGGAGAGGGAAAAUGGUGAACCACAGUCGGAGACGGGUUUGGAACAGUCGGACACGAUGUCCAGCUCCAAGCUAGGUAAAGCUUCCAAGUUAUCGCACAACUCGGACUCGUCUGAGGAUGACUUUGAAGCGUUUCUGGCACACUACAAUUACAACUCGAGCGAACCACUCUCGACCGAACUGAUCUCGUACUUUGACAUGAAGCUUAACCCGGCCACCGUUUGCAGCAUGCACGAUCUGAGCCAGCACCACGGCAGUUUGCCGGUGAUGCUGGAAGAUACCCAGCGGCUAGCGCUCAGUUUGGACGAUUUGGACCAUUACUCGCUGCCGGUCGUUGUAGGCGAAUCGGACGCACCGGAGGUACGAACACGCGAACUUAAAGAACCGCAGGAAGAUUUGGAACGCGAUGAGGUGUUCUUCAACCAGGACGAGGUACUGGAAAUGCUUCGUACGGCUGCCGAAUCAGCUGCAUCCGCUUCCGUUUCUCAUCGCCGGCUUUCGGACGACCGGCUUCGGCAUUCCGGUUGCCUACACAACGCGGAAGACGACACGGCACCACCAUCGUUGCUGUGUGUGACGAGUAAGUUGCAGGCGGCCGGUGGACCAACGCAUCCCGACAGUGACGAAGGUUCCAUCUCGAGUGGAUGCGAAACCUCCAGCACCGUAACGACCAACACGGACGAUUCGGGAGCGAGUGGUAAUGUGUCAAUUACGGUGCGCCAUGCAACGGUAGCGUCCCUCGGCAAGCCUGGUUCGGUGUUGGAGCGAGUACGUAGCUUUGAGCAGUUGGCCGAAAAUCAAGUAAUUCACGUACCGCUCGGUGAACGUACCGGACACCAGGUGGAGCAAGCUGUGGGCAAUGUUACCUCCUCGCCGGAAUUGAUCUUCAAGCGUAGUAUCACCUUCCCAGCACCCGGCGUCAAGUCGAGCUUUCUUAUGCCAAUGACGAUGGCCGGCAGUGCUACCGGAACCAGCGAACCAACCGAUUCGCCGAUGGACUCCCUCAACGGUUCACUGGUCGAAGCACGUACAAGGGUCGACGAAUCGCAUCGCCACCAGACCACAAAACCGAAGGUGCGCCAGAUGCGCCUAAAGUCAACGGUGGCCGCAGUCAACACCGAGCUGAUCAAUCAUCUGCAGGCGAUCGAUUCGGACUCGGAGUUUAGCGAUGAGUCCGGGUACGUCGAGUUUCAGGACAAUCAACCGUCGAUAAAAUCGGUUACGGCUUGAUGCCGGAUGCCGAAGGAAGGUGAUAUUUGUU